GACAGCGUGAAGGUCGGCCAUGCGUCCGCUCCAGGGCCUGCUCCUGCUGCUCUGCCUGGCCGGUGGACGAUGCCAAUACGCCUCCUUCAGCCAGAGCCCCGCGGAGAUCUCAGUGUCUCCUGGAGGGAUGGCCACGCUGGAAUGCGCUGUGGCCAACGUUGGGGCCGACAAGGUACAUAUGAUCUGGAUCCGGCAGAGCCCGGGACAGAAGCCGGAGGGGGUGCUGAGCUUCCUAACAGACCUGAAAAUCUACCGAGCACCGGGGAUCCCGGAGCGAUUCGAACCCUCCCGUGAUGCCGCCAACAAGACGUUCCUCCUCACCAUCCGCGAGGUCCAGGCUGGGGACGACUCCAUCUAUUUCUGCUUUGCCUACUACGGUUCAGCUGGAGUCCAGACGUGGGGCGAGGGGACCCGCGUGCGGGUGCUGAGAAGCGACCUGCCCCAGCCCCGCAUGCAGCUCUUCCCGCCCGCCCAGGAGGAGCUGGCCACCGGCGCGGCCACCCUGACCUGCCUAGUGAGCGGCUUCUUCCCCGGCUACGUGGAGGUGCAGUGGAAGCGCGAGGGGCAGCGCCAGGCCCAGGGGGUGAGCACGGGGCCGGUGGCGCUGGGCCCGGACCAGACCUACGCCGUGAGCAGCCACCUGAGGGUGUCAGCCGGCGAGUGGCAUGCGGGGACCCGCUACAGCUGCCUGGCCCGGCAUGAAUCCCUGCGGAGCCCGCUGGAGAGGAGCAUCAGCGCCCAGGCCUGCCGCCCGGCCCAGCCCCACAAGGAGCCUCUGCUGCCGGAGCCCGGCCAGGCACCGGGACCGGCCUGUGGGACAACCGAUAUGGCCAUGCCAAGCACAGUGGAGAGCAGGGAAUUGCUUUGUGCUUCCGGGAGCCAGGCCAGCCUCCUGCCCACGGGCAGCAAUAAACCAUGGACUGAGAGCAAGUGA